UAUCGCGUUACGCUCGCUCUCUUUGCCCGGCUGCCUGCUCGGCUGCCUGCUCGGCACUCUCCUCUCGGGCGCUGCCAGGGCCCCGGCCCCAGCUCACUGGUAAGGUAGAAGGCUCUCCAGUCAGGGUAGCUGUCCCGGUUCCAGCUCCAUGUGACAUCGCCAUGGCCUUUUCUUCACGGUUUGCAUUCUGGGAACAAAAGGUUAAGGAUGAGGACAAAGAUUUAUCUGUGAAAAAAACUGGGAAAGAGGAUGGGGCAUCAGAAAAUCCAAAUGCAGGGAAAGACGAGCCACCCGCUUCCCGAAGCCCAGAGCCUCCAGUGUGUCCGGAGAGAGUGAAGAGCCCAGAGCCGCUGCUCAACGGUGAUAACCAGCCGCCCUCCCUCGCACCUGCCCAGACCAUGAAUGGCCUGGAAGGAUCCAGGGCUGGCUCGCUGGCCCAGCCAGAGCCGCUGGGAGAGGAGAGCCAGGGCCUGUCCAGGAAGAGAGUGGUGAGGGUGGUGCGGAAGGUGGUGCGCAAAGUCCUGCCUGGCGAGGACUCUAGCAGCACCAAGGAGCUGGGGAGGGACGUGAAGUCUCCUGAGCUAGCUUCGCCUGCCAAGAAGGAAGAGAAGGCGCCACCGAGGGUGGUGUCUCCAUCUCCAUUGCCUGCGUCCUCCCCGAAGCCGGAGCCCAAGGAGACUGGCCCCAAGGAUGAGAUCUCGGUGGGUCUGAGAAGCCUGAUGUCCCGAGGCAAAACCAAACAGCACAGGCCUCGCCUCAGGCCAGCGGAGAAGCAGGAGGAGGAGAAACCUCCCAAGCUGAAAACACCCCCAGUGGGGAAGGAACCCGAGAAGCCUGGCUCCCCGUCUCCUGCGCAGGAGGAAGGGCCAGUAGCCACCCCAGACCCCAAAGCAAAGCAAGAGCAGACGGUGCAACCCUCAGGAGCCAAAGUGGAGCCAACACAAGUGGCACCUCAGAAAGCAGCUGCCCUGGGGCAAGCCAAGGAACCCCAGCCAGCAGAGAAGCAGCUACCUCCCCCAGGAGCCGCAGAGGGAUCCCCCCAGCAGGCUGCAGCCGGCCCCGGUUCCCAGCUGACCCCCGUGGAGGAAGCUCACAGAAGGCUGGAGAGGAUCUUCAUGGCUGCUCUGGAGCCUGUGGCCUCCCCGUCAGCACAGAGUCAGGGACAGGCGGACGAUGCCCCAGCAGCCAAGUUGGGCCCAGCCUCUGCUGCAUCCCUGCCUCAGGCGAAGACGGAGGAGCAGAUCGCUGCCGAGGAGGCCUGGUAUGAGACGGACAAGGUGUGGCUGGUCCACAAGGAUGGCUUCUCCUUGGCGAGCCAGCUGCGAGCGGAUGAAGCGAGCCUCCUGCCCGAAGGGAAGGUGAAGGUGAAACUGGACCACGAUGGGGCCGUGCUGGAAGUGGACGAGGAUGACGUGGAGAAGGCGAACCCGCCGUCCUGUGACCGGGUGGAGGACCUGGCCAACCUCGUCUAUCUCAAUGAAUCCAGCGUGCUGCACACGGUGCGCCAGCGCUACGGGGGUAACCUGAUCCACACCUACGCGGGGCCCACCGUGCUGGUCGUCAACCCGCUCAGCUCCCCCUCCAUGUACUCCGAGAAGGUGAUGCACAUGUUCAAAGGGUGCCGCAGGGAAGACAUGUCUCCACACAUCUACGCCGUGGCCCAGGCCGCCUACCGCAACAUGCUGAUGAGCCGCCAGGAUCAGUCAAUCGUCCUGCUGGGGAGCAGCGGCAGUGGCAAGACUACCUGCUGCCAGCACCUGAUCCAGUACCUGGCCACCGUAGCUGGCAGCACGGGGAAGAUCUUCUCAGUGGAGAAGUGGCAGGCGCUCUACACCAUCCUAGAGGCUUUUGGCAACAGCAGCACCAGUAUGAACGGCAACGCCACUCGCUUCUCCCAGAUCGUCUCGCUGGACUUCGAUCAGGCUGGCCAGGUGGCCUCAGCCUCCAUACAGACGAUGCUGCUGGAGAAGCUGAGGGUCACCAAGCGGCCGGCCAACGAGGCCACCUUCAAUGUCUUCUACUACCUGCUGGCUGGCACGGACAACGCCCUCAGAACCGAGCUUCACUUCAGCCACUUCGCAGAGACCAACGUGUUUGGGAUUGUGCCACUGUCCAAGCCGGAAGAAAAGCAGAAGGCAGCUCAGCAGUUCAGCAAGCUCCAGGCUGCCAUGAAAGUGCUGGGCAUCUCCAGCGAUGAGCAGAAGGCGUUCUGGCUUGUCCUGGGGGCCAUUUAUCAUCUGGGGGCCGCAGGAGCCACCAAAGCUGGGAGGAAGCAAUUUGCUCGGCACGAGUGGGCCCAGAAGGCUGCUUACCUGCUGGGCUGCAGUCUGGAGGAGCUGUCUUCAUCUAUCUUCAAGCACCAGCCCAAAGGGAGCCUGCAGCGAUCCACGUCCUUCCGCCAGGGGCCCGAGGAAGCCGGCUUGGGAGAUGGCUCAGGCUCCAGGCUGACUGCUCUGGAGUGCUUGGAAGGCCUGGCCUCGGGCUUAUAUUCAGAGCUCUUCACGCUGCUCAUCUCGCUGCUGAACCGGGCUCUCAAGUCCAGCCAGCAUUCCCUGUGCUCCAUGAUGCUUGUGGACACCCCAGGCUUCCAGAACCCCGAGCUGGCAAACCAGAGCCGCGGGGCCAGCUUUGAGGAGCUGUGCCACAACUACGCCCAGGAGCGGCUGCAGACGCUGUUCCACGAGCGCACCUUCACUCAGGAGCUGGAGCGAUACAAGGAGGAAAGCAUAGAGCUUGCAUUAGAUGACAUAGAGCCCAGUACCUCUGGCUCUGUAGCCACUGUAGACCAAGCCUCACACCAAGCACUGGUGCGCUCCUUGGCCCGCACGGAUGAGGCCCGUGGGCUCCUGUGGCUGCUGGAGGAGGAAGCUUUGCAGCCUGCGGGAAACGAGGACACGCUGCUGGAACGGCUCUUCGCCUACUACGGGCCCCAGGAGGGAGAUAAGAAAGGCCACAGCCCGUUACUCCGAAGCGACAAGCCCCGCCACUUCUUCCUUGGUCACAGCUACGGCACCAACUGGGUGGAGUACGACGCCACAGGCUGGCUGCAUUAUGUCCGGCAGAACCCAGCGUCUCAGAACGCCGCAGCUGUCCUGCAGGACUCUCAGAAGAAAAUCAUCAGCAGCCUGUUUAUGGGCCGGGCGGGUACGGCCAUGGUGCUGUCGGGCUCCAUCGCCGGCUUGGAAGGCGGGUCCCAGCUGGCACUGCGCAGGGCCACCAGCAUGCGCAAGACCUUCACCACGGGGGUGGCAGCGGUGAAGAAGAAGUCACUGUGCAUUCAGAUCAAGCUGCAAGUGGAUGCUCUGGUUGACACCAUCAAGAAGUCGAAGAUCCACUUUGUGCACUGCCUCCUGCCCAAAGCGGAGGGCUGGAGCGGGGACCCCAAGGGGCUGGCGGCGCGGCGGAUCAGCAGCAGCGAACUGGACCUGCACGGGGAGCACUGUGAGGCAGGGCUCAUGCAGCUUGACGUGCCCCUGCUGAGGGCCCAGGUCAGGGGCUCCCGGCUCCUCGACGCGCUGCGCAUGUACCGGCAAGGUUACCCGGAUCACAUGGUCUUCUCGGAGUUCCGGCGGCGCUUCGACGUUCUGGCCCCUCACCUGACCAAGAAACACGGGCGGAAUUACAUCGUCACGGACGAGAAACGGGCUGUGGAAGAGCUCCUGGAAUCGCUGGACCUCGAGAAGAGCAGUUACCACAUGGGCCUGAGCCGGGUGUUUUUCCGGGCAGGGACCCUGGCCAAGCUUGAGGAGCAGCGAGACGAGCAAACGAGCAAGAACAUUGCACUCUUCCAGGCUGCGUGCAGGGGCUUCCUGGCGCGCCAGCAGUUCAAGAAGAGAAAGAUCCAGGAGCUGGCUAUCCGCUGCGUGCAGAAGAACAUCAAGAAGAACAAGGGGGUGAAGGACUGGCGCUGGUGGAAGCUCUUCACCACGGUGCGGCCCCUCAUCGAGGUGCAGCUGACAGAGGACCAGAUCCGGGGCAAAGACGAGGAGAUCCAGCAGCUGAAGGGCAGGCUCGAGAAGGUGGAGAGAGAGCGCAACGAGCUGCGGCUGGGCAGCGACCGGCUGGAGAGCAGGGUGGCAGAGCUGACGGCGGAGCUGACGGACGAGCGGCACACGGGCGAGUCGGCCUCCCAGCUGCUGGAUGCGGAGACAGCCGAGCGGCUGCGGGCGGAGAAGGAGAUGAAGGAUCUGCAGGCCAAGUACGAGUUGCUGAAGAAGCAGAUGGAUUCCAUGGAAAUGGAAGUGAUGGAGGCGCGGCUCAUCCGGGCGGCCGAGCUCAAUGGGGACCUCGACGACGACGACUCAGGCGGCGAGUGGCGGCUGAAGUACGAGCGAGCCAUCCGCGAGGUGGAUUUCACCAAGAAGCGCGUGCAGCAGGAGUUUGAGGAUAAGCUGGAGGUGGAGCAGCAGAGCAAGAGGCAGCAGGAGAGAAGACUGGCAGACCUGCAGGCCGAUAACGAGGAGUGCCAGCGUGCCCUGCAGCAGCUGAAGAAGAAGUGUCAGCGCCUGACGGCAGAGCUGCAGGACACCAAGCUGCACCUGGAGGGGCAGCAGGGGCGCAGCCACGAGCUGGAGAAGAAGCAGCGAAGGUUUGACAGCGAGCUCGCUCAGGCUCAUGAAGAAGCCCAGCGAGAGAAGCUGCUGCGGGAGAAGCUGAGUCGGGAGAAGGACAUGCUCAUCGCAGAGGUCUUCGGCCUCAAGCAGCAGCUGGAGGACAAAGACUCCGACAUCAUGAGCUUCAGCCAGAAGGUGGAAGCCCUGGAGGCCGAGCUCCAAGACGUCUCCUCCCAGGAGUCCAAGGACGAGGCCUCCCUGGCCAAGGUGAAGAAGCAGCUGCGGGACCUAGAGGCGAAGGUCAAGGACCAGGAGGAGGAGCUGGAUGAGCAGGCCGGGACCAUCCAGCUGCUGGAGCAGGCCAAGCUGCGUCUGGAGAUGGAGAUGGAGCGCCUGCGGCAGACCCACUCCAAGGAGGUGGAAAGCCGCGACGAGGAGGUGGAGGAGAUCAGGCAGUCGUGCCAGAAGAAGCUGAAGCAGAUGGAAGUGCAGCUGGAGGAGGAGUACGAGGAUAAGCAGAAGGUGCUGAGAGAGAAGCGAGAUCUGGAGAGCAAGCUGGCUGCGGCUAGUGACCAGGUCAGCCAGCGGGACUUUGAGACGGAGAAGCGGCUGCGCAAGGAUCUGAAGAGAACCAAGGCGCUGCUGGCGGAUGCCCAGAUCAUGCUGGAUCACCUGAAAAACAACGCGCCCAGCAAGAGGGAGAUCGCUCAGCUCAGAAACCAGCUGGAGGAGUCUGAAUUCACCUGCGCCGCGGCGGUCAAGGCCCGCAAGUCCAUGGAGGUGGAAAUCGAGGAUCUUCACCUGCAGAUCGAUGACAUCUCCAAAGCCAAGGCAGCCCUGGAGGAGCAGCUGAGCCGGCUGCAGCGGGAGAAAAACGAGGUGCAGAGCCGCCUGGAGGAGGACCAGGAGGACAUGAACGAGCUGAUGAAGAAGCACAAAGCAUCAGUGGCCCAGGCCUCCCGGGAUCUGGCCCAGAUAAAUGACCUCCAGUCCCAGCUGGAAGACGCCAACAAAGAGAAGCAGGAGCUGCAGGAGAAGCUGCAAGGGCUGCAGAGCCAGCUGGAGUUCCUCGAGCAGUCCAUGGUGGACAAGUCUCUGGUCAGCCGGCAGGAAGCCAAGAUCCGGGAGCUGGAGACUCGGCUAGAGUUCGAGAGGACCCAAGUCAAACGCCUGGAGAGCCUGGCCAGCCGCCUGAAGGAGAACAUGGAGAAGCUGACGGAGGAGCGGGACCAGCGCGCAGCCGCUGAGAACCGGGAGAAGGAGCAGAACAAGCGGCUGCAGCGUCAGCUGCGGGACACCAAGGAGGAGAUGGGCGAGCUGGCCAAGAAGGAAGCCGAGGCCAGCCGCAAGAAGCAUGAGCUGGAAAUGGACCUGGAGAGCCUGGAGGCCGCCAACCAGAGCCUGCAGUCGGACCUGAAGCUGGCGUUCAAGCGGAUCGGGGACCUGCAGGCUGCCAUCGAGGACGAGAUGGAGAGCGACGACAACGAGGACCUCAUCAACAGUUUGCAGGACGUGGUGACAAAGUAUCAGAAAAGAAAGAAUAAACUCGAGGGGGACUCAGACAUGGACUCGGAGCUGGAGGACCGUGUGGAUGGAGUGAAAUCGUGGCUUUCCAGGAACAAAGGCUCCUCCAAAGCAGUCUCUGAUGACGGCAGCUGGAAGAGCUCCAGGCCGGCCCUGAACUCGGCCCCUAAGGAGGGGAAGGAAGGCAGAGAGCCCAAGGAGGCCGAGGAGCGGCCGGUCUCUGUCAUGAGCUCCCUGAGCUACAGGAAACGGCUCAACCUGAAGGACUCUAUUGGUGGCCAGGGGGACGAGGAGACACUCUUCUCCACCCUGAGCGAGCGGCCGGCCUCCCCAGACAGGUCUUUCCGCAAGGCCAAGCGCAGCUCGGCAGCCAGCGGCCAGGAGGAGACCGGCUCCGUCAGCUCGUGGAAGAAGGCCCCAAGCAGCGAGGACCCUGAUGACAGGGGCUCUGUCAUCUCACAAGCCUUCUCGGAGGCCAGCAGCAGAGCCCGGAAGGGGCUGGAGAAGAGGUGGUCUGUCACCACAGCUGACUUUGACCAGGCCUCUGCCCUGUCCGCCCCAGCCAGCCGGGCUGCCUCCUCCCGGCACGGGCUGGAGGCUGACGAGGCCGACGCUAGGUCCACACUGAGCUUCACGCUUUCAAGCCCGGGCAGCUUGCGGCGCAGCACGUCCCGGCUCAGCGAGCCGCUGGCUGGCAUCUCCAGUGCCCUCAGCCCGCCACUGAGCCACCGGGCAGAGCUGGGGCUGGAGACCUCGACCCUGGGCAGCCGGGUCGACUCCCGGCUCUCCCUGAGCAGGAGCCGGCUGGAUGAGUUGGAUGACGUGUCUAGCGUGGCUCUGAGCGACACCCGCUCCCUGUACAGCCAGCAUUCGCUCGGGCGCAGCUUCUCCGUGCCCCCCCAGCCCAGGACCUCCGCCUCCAACGAGAUGCAGCCGGAGGACUCGGACAUCCGGCCCGUCAGCCACCGCUCCUACCUGGACCCUGACCUGGAGGCUGCCAUCAACGAGGUCCUCAACUACAAGCCCAUCAAGUUCAAGCGCUCCAGCUUGGACCCGGACUCGGAGGAGGACAAGAGGAGCGUGCGGAGCGCCAGGAGCGCCACACGGCCGGAGAGCUCGGAGCGCUCCUUCAGCAGCCUGCGCCGCUCCGCCUCGGCCUUGGACUGCUCCCGGCCGCACAGCAGCAAGGGCCGGAGGAGCAGCAGCAGCUCCGAAGAUGACUCCUCGGAGGAGGAGCGCAAGAAGAGCGCCAGGAAACACGCCAAGAAGAAGUCCAAGAAGAAGUCCAAGAAGAAGAAGCUGCCUUCGGAUUCGGAGUCCUCCUCGGACUCCUCGUCCAGCUCCUACCACAGCAGCUCCAGCGUCAAGAAGGGCCCCAAGAAGAAGAGCCCAGCCUCCGAAGGGGAGGGAGCCACAGAGGGGAGGGACGCCGAGAAAUCAAGCAAGCGCCUGAAGAAGGAGGAGAAGAAGCGGAAGAAGCAGGUGGACAGCCUGAUGAUGAAAUACCUCUACCGGCCCGAGAGCGACUAAGGCACCCCCCAGGCUACCGCCGGCAGUUCGCCUGUGACAAAUCGGAGGAGGAGCGAGCCCCUUUGGAAAGCAUGCCCAGGUCCAGGGACU